GUGGAACUUGGUGCCGUUGUAGUAGCCCCGGCGCGCCAGCUCCGCGAAGUUCUUGCAGGUCUUGGGCGCGUGCUUCCAGUACAGCUCCAGCACCAGCGAGCCCAUGCUGCGGGGAGACGGGGCGGCCGCUAGCACCUCGCCCCGGGGGCGCCGGCGGCAUCUCCCGCUGCCCCCGCCCGCGCCCCCCGGCCCCCCCAGAGCCCCCUCCCGCGUACGUGGUCUCCAAGGAGACAGCCGGCGGUUGCCACGAGUCGGGGGGCACCGCCGCCAUCCCGCCGCCGCGUGCUUCCGGGACCGGGGCUGGGCGGGCCAAUCAGCGCGCCCCACCGCCGCGCGGCUAUUGUGACGCAACAGAGGGAGAAUUCGAAUGCAGCCACGCCCCCCCCGCUGGGUCUGGCCUGGCCGGAGCGCGCGGAGCCGAUCAACCCUGGCCUGUUUUCACUGUGAUGCUUCCUGAGAAGAUGGAGACAUCCAGGGAGGAAGAGAUACAGUUUAUAACUGAUGAGAAAUUUGACUUUGGUCAGCUCUCCCCUUCUGACAGCCGGGAGGAAGAAUGCCUCGGUGUGGAGGAAAAGGAGGGAGUCUUUGCCGGACCUGUCCAGCAGGUUGAAAGAUUCGUGGUGCAAAGAAUUGACCCGAAUGUUGUGAAGGAGGAGAGCAUUGGCCCCAGAAGAGAGCACCAGCUGAACUGGAGCCCACUGAGCCCUGAGAAGUUGGAGGAGAUUGUGAAGGAGGCCAACUGGCUGGCCACGCAGCUGGAGGGGUGCCACCUGCCGAAGGAGAAUGCGCAUGCCUCACCGCGGGAGGAGACAGAGCUGAGCCUUGGCGGGGAGCCCCGAGCCCCCUUCAGGUUCUUGUCCAAGGAGCGGGAGAGUCCCAGAAGCCCCCGGCGCGAGACCUUCGUGGUGAAGAACAGUCCUGUUAGGGCGCUGCUGCCAACAGUGGAGCUGGGGACACUCCUCUCAAAAGGGAAGAGCCCUUCUCCCCGCACCGCCGUGGCACCACCUCAUGCCCGGCUCCGACACAGAGCGGGCAGCCGCCUGGCUGGGGGUGAAAGGCCCCGGAAGGAGUCGACCCCCAGCAAGGCGCAGCCCCCACAGAGACUGGCCAGCAGUAAAAAGCCGAGCUUCCAAGACAACCCCAAUAGACGCACAUCGCCUUCAAUAAGGGUGAAAGAAGCAAGAGGACCCAGGUCAUCGCCCACCCAGCCCCGUCUCAAGCAGGAGCUUUCCUCACCCCGAGGGAAAGCAGAGUCCCUGCAAAUUGUUAAUACAGGUCCAGCUAAGCCCUGUGGGGGCAACUCCUCCCAGGUCCCAACCAGCUCCAGACCCACCGCGACAUCCACUUGCCAGGCGCGGGCUAGGAGCACAGCCAUCCCCAUCCCUGCCAGCCGCCUCCCAGUGCCCACCGCUGUUCCCAAACCAGCCAGCCGAGUUAUUUCCCUGAGCCAGGCUGCAGUGCCAAGGAAAUCCAGCCAGCCACAGCUCCUGGGCCAGGGGUCUGCUGGGGCAAAGGGGCUCCUGAGGCCCAGUGCAUCCGGACAGCGAGUUUCUGUAACUCAGCGGACAACCCCUCAAGGUGCUCUCCGUGGCAGCAAGCUAGAGCCACCCAAGAAGGUGACUGUAGCCAGCCGCCCAAGGUAACAUCACUGGGCUGGGAGAACGCAGCUUGGACCACAAACCUCUGAGACUCAAGUCCUUUUUCCUGGGGCAGGAAUGUUCUGAUCCAAUGCCCUUCUGCUCAGUGCCUCCAACAGGAGCACUUACCAUCUCUGUGCUGCCAGCUGCUGGGCUGGCAACUUGCACCUAUCAGCUUUAAGAACCAGGAACCUGAAAUGAGUAUGCUCAGGUUUCUACUGAUUACUUUUACUUUGAUUAUUAUAUAAUCAAAGUAUAUAAUCAAUAUAAUCAAAGGAAGGAGGAAUUCCAAAAGGAAAACAAACACUGAGUUUAUUUCUUGUCUGAUUAGAGCAGAUUGCUGGAACUUCCCCUCCUUGCCAGAUCUCAUCUUGCAGCUACAUUGCUAAACACUCAUCUGUUAGCAGGACUGUCAGUUGGAAAAUGGGGUCAUUUCCCACAAAUCAUUUUAAUCUUUCAGCAUAAAAUCAAAGUCUGAGGUCUUCUGAUCCUGCAGAGCCUCAUGACCCCCCCUCUGUGUACCAGGCUCCCUCAUUAGACUUUGGGCCCUGGCAGACAGCACAUUUAUGGAACAAAUGACACAUUAAAUCAUGUCAUAAAUUGCAGCAUGCUGUAAGUUCAGCCAAUACAUGGCCCAAUAAAAUGACAAACCAGUCACAAAGAUGUUCCACAUAGUGUAGAACAUCUUUGUGGCUGGUUUGUAUGGUGCCUUAAAUUGAACAUGUGGCAUAGGUCUUCAAACCUGGGGCUGUCCCAGAGGGUGUGCACAAUCAUCUGAUUGUGCAUGUUCCCGUUAAUUUGUAGAAUACUGGGUGCGUCUGCACAUUCAUUAAUGCGCUAUAAUGACAGGUACUAACAAUGCACCGUAAGUGGUGCUACUGCAUAUUAGCACAGAUAAACGGUUUUUUUGUGAUGCUACUGUGCAUUAGACUAAAUCUACUGCACAUUAGCACGGGCUUUGCCCAUCAUGGUAAUGCGCAGUACAAUUAGUCUUCUGUGCAUUAAGCAUCUCGUGUAGACGCGCCUACUACAUCACUCCACACAGCUCCUUUACACUUCUAUCACGUAAGUGAGAAUUGGGUCCCAUGUUAGAGUGGCAAAAUCUUACUUCAAAAUAGUCAUGUAUUUUACCAAAGCUAACAGAAUUCAUCGAUUUCAUAGACAUAGGGCUGGAAGGGACCUCACAAGAUCAUUGGUCCAGCCCCCUGCCCAAAUGGCAGGAAGUCAGCUGAGGUCAAAUGAUCACAGCAAAAAAAAGCAUCCAAGUGUUUCUUGAAAGAGUCCAGAAAGAUGACUUACACCACCUCUGGGGGGAGUCUAUUCCAGGCCCUGGGGACUUGGACAGUAAAGUUUUUCCUUAUGUCCAGCCUAAAACAGUCUUCCAGGAGUUUAUGACCAUUGGACCUUGUCUUCCCUUGGGGUGCCCUAGUGAACAGAUGUUCUCCCAGGGAUGUGAUGCACACCCCUUAUAUAUUUAUAGGUUGCUACCAAGUCACCCCUGAGCCUACGCUUUUCCAGGCUGAAGAGUCCCAUGGCUCUUGAUCUUCUCAUAAGGCUUGCUCUGUUGUCCUCGGAUCAUGCACGUGGCUCUCCUCUGGACUCUUUCAAGCUUCUCCACAUCCUUUCUAAAGUGCAGAGCCCAGAAUUGGAUGCAGUACUCCAGCUGCGGCCUCACCAAGGCCAAGUAAAGCAGGAGGAUGACUUCCUGGAUCUUGCUUGAGAUGCAUCGGUAGAUGCAAGCCAGAGUUUUGUUUGCUUUGCCGGCUGCGGCAUUGCAUUGGUGGGCUUCAUAAUGAGCUUUCUGAAAUGGGAAUUCAAAAUGGGUUUUCAGGUUAAAACACAUACACCGCCCCUCCCCACAAUACAAUAGUGAAAGCUAUCAGGCAAGAUCUUCUGCUGGUGUUUCCCUGUCAACAGCAGUAGUUAGAUGCCAGUUUAUGCUCAUUGGGGAAUCAUGUCCUUUCCUGCAAGUUUAAUUCUACUUCCUCUAGGACUGGGAAUGUUGAAACUUGGCAGAACUUGGGGCUUGUGAAGUGCAGCUGAUUUCAAACAAACUGGUCUGGUUUUCUGCUGAAGGAGACACAGAAAGUCAAGAGCUCACAUGUGCAAAAUAUGCUUUCUUCUUUCUGAUAACCAAAAGUGGUGCUAAUAGCACAGCCACUACCUUGGCAGUGUUUCUUUAAGGCAGCUUUAGUUUGUUCAUAUUAUAGGUGAUCAGGGAAUGCGGGGAGAUGUUAUAAUCCCAUAUUUUACUGAAUCCUUUGUCGUGCUGCUUUGCAACUGGGGUCAAACCAGGACCUGGUGCUGCGAAGUCCAGAGUAACCCCCUCCUGCCCCUGCAUACUGGAAGCAGGGCCCAGCACCACCCCUGCCCAGCCCAGUACACUGGGAUCAGGUGCCUAAGUUAGUACACAGCCUGGGGCCCCUUGUGGGUUUGGAAAUUUGGCAGCUGGGGAGUGGUGCCACUAUUUCCUCACUGCCAGAUUUUCAAAUCCCUGGGGAGCCCUGUGAGCUGGAUACCACAGUGAUACAGGCCAGAUCUGGCCCACCGGCCGGGGGUUAAGUACCCCUGGUCUAACACUAUGAAAUACUUGUACAUUCAGCCCCUCUGGGACUUGAUAUAACCAAGCUAUAAAGGACCUUACACUGUAGCAAGCUCUUUAAAAGAUUAAUUAUUUUUGUACUCGUUUCUUGAACACUGAAAGUACUGAGCCUUUUAUGACUGUUCAUCUCUGUACUAGACUCUCCUUGUCCUUUUUUUAAUACAUGUAACUUGUAAGUGAA